AUGGAAAUAGAAACACAAUUCCAACAAGAUAGUAAUGCUGAUGUUAAACAAAGCGUACAAAGAAAAGAAAAAUAUGCAUAUAGAUUUGGAAAGAUAAAAAAAGCUCUUUAUUUGGCGCUGGAUUUAGGUUGUGAAACUGAAUUUAUUGAUAUGGUUAAUGGAUUCAUCAAUUGUAAGAAAAAUGAUAUCGAUGAUACGAAUGAUGAAAAUAAAGAAAAUUUGAGCGUGUCUGAUCCUUUGAUUCGAAAAUGGCGUAGACGUUCACCACAUAAACGUAUCAAAUCGGCAUUAGAAAAUGCACACCAUAGCACUAAAAUUAGUGCUCUUAAUCCACCUGAUCCUAAUUUACAAUCUUCAUCAAGAAUCCCUUUAUACGCCUAUGAUGUUAGCAAUCAUGGACAAGAUAAUGAUCAUAUGGCACUUGAUGAUAUAGGCGAAAAUACAAGCAAACGAAAAUAUAUAUGCAAAGUUUGUGGGGAACCCGGUCAUAAUGCUAGAAAUAAAGCAAAAUGUAUCAAACAGGAUCA